CAGCGAUGACACUGGAUAUCAUAUAUAUUUGACAUUUCUAUUUACUAUCGUUAUUAUCUAGUAACAAAGUGUGCACUAUAUAAGGCAUCAGUUUACGUGCUGUGUAUUAAAAGUGCAACGAUGGACGUAGCAUUCAAUACAUAGGCAGUUAAUAUAAAUGGCGACAAAGAAGGAAAAUACUAGCAGCCAGGUUACUGAUUCUUACCAGGCUUGGUAUCAAAGAGAAAGUUACCAGUCAACUCCAGCUGAUGCCAAAGAUGAGGAUGAAACUAGCAUGUCAUCUUUAUCAACUGAAAUCAGUCAGGACAGCGCAUUUACUGAGAAAAACGAUGAAUCAGAUUAUGAUGAGUUUGACAGUAUGUUCACUUCACAACAUCCUUCUUCACAAUAUCAACAAAAAAGAAGAGAGGCAGAGCUCUCCAAAGAAAACGUACAUUUUGUUCAUACGAGUUUCUUUAGGACAGCUGUGACGGAAGGGGUGAAAGGAAACAUUAUAAUAACCGGUCUCCCGGGGAGUGGGAAAAGCUGCUUGGCAAUGAAAUGUGCAGAAACGCUAAAACAGAGAUUGGGUAUUAAGAAUUCACUGAUAAUUGUUGCAAACGUAUCCACUCUGGACUAUAAAGGACCACAGAUAGUUCUGAUUGACGGUCCUUUUGAUCAAAUAUCUUUGGAGAAUCACAAUCAUUUAUCACAAAUUGUGAGAUUUAUAGACGCCACGUCAAUUUCCAGUAGGGUGAUCAUUGUUUUUCAAAUAGAGGUUUUGAAUCUUCUUAGGAUACAAAAUCAAAACCAUGCAAUUUUUCAACAUUGUGCAAUUAUUGAUGUUAGUGCCGAUCCGUUGAAUUUCGAUGAUAGCAAAAAAAUAUUUAUUUCUCAUAACAGAGCAGAUGAAAUUGACGUGAAGAAGUUAUUGACGGUGUUGCAAAAAUUUCCUUCCUUUCCAAAAUGUUGUAAGAAAUUUAAUUCUCGUGGCAGUAAAUCCAUGGAUGAGUUUCGAAAUGUAUCCAUUGGCAUUAUUCAAGAUCAUUUUCAAUCUAUGGAACUGGUUUGCAAAGUUCUUCUAUGUGGAAUUUGUAUAAACAAUGACAGGCUACGAUACAAAGAUAUUCAGCAAACGUCGAAACUCAAGAAAUUUAUGCAAAAUAUUUUCGAACUUUUGAAUGAACCUUUCGAGAGAUUUCCCAAUCAAAUUUUAAAUGAUAUAGCAGAGGCAUUUGUAGAUACUUAUUUUGCAUAUAACGAGGAAGAAAUGGCCUAUGAGUUUCUAAACUCUAUAAUAUCGGAAGCUGCACACAGAAUGUUGUUUUCAAAAAACACGUGGAGAUAUAUUGAGAUGUGCCCUGCUUCAAGACUUGAUAGUCUAUCAAAUGAUAGAUGGUACAGAUCGAAACUAAAAGGUCCUCUAUUAGUCUGGUUGAUCGAGCGUAUUGUAACGGAAAUUAAACAUCAAUCUACCAAGAUGUAUUUGAAGUUGAUAUGGGACCUCCUUUCAUGGGUAAAUGAGGAACUGGCGAUUAAAAGCGUUUCUAGUUCAGUUCUUGAACUUGACAGGACGACACAGGCAAUGCUCUUCGAUAUCAUGCCAGAUAUAAAACAAAACCCCGGCAAAAGUUUCUUUUCAUCGAUAUUAUUGAAACUUCCAGAUUUAAGAUUUGAUUUCUUUGCUCGACGAUGGGGCCUGGGGAAUGGUUAUGGUGACUUCUUCAAUUACAAUCAAUUAUGUCCCUGCUUAUGUGAAUUGUACAACAUGUACAGCUGCAGUAGAUCUUUUAGUCGCUUGCAUUUUCUAGACAAUUGCAUCGAAAAAGCACGCCUAGAGAAGCAUUCGAAGAUUUGUAAUGGACAUUUCAUUUGUGAAUCAAGACAUCAAGCCCUCGUAUAUGAUAUUCUACCUCCCGGUGUCAGAAUCCAAGAUUACCACGAAUCUACAGACUUUGACAAAUUAUGCAGUGAAGAAAAGGUGAAGCUACAAAAUGUCCCGACGAAAGAGUCGAUGCGUUUGUUAAAUGUCCGUAUAAACACACCUGAACAAUAUGGUGAUGCGCUGAUAUCAGUAGGAGAGAAACGGAAGGAGGAAUGGUACAUAAAAUGUGCGAUACUAUUUGGCUCCUCGGAUUGGCGGAGGAAAAUAUGUUCCGAGUUUCCGUAUCAAUCACAAACCUUUUCGACAAAAAUAAUCGUCGAAGAAAUAAAAAACCUAUACGUCAGAUGUUAUAGUGAUAAUUUUAGAAUUCUAAAUGCGUACUGUGGAUGCCAUUUUGAAAUUGCGAAAAAUAUUAAACAAAGUAUUGAUACAAUAGUAAUGAUUGUUUCAGACACAAAAGAGUCAAUCCGUGACGACAGAAACUCUGAUUUAGCUGGACUGCGUGUUCUUAUUCGAAAGGAAAAUGAAGUGAGCGAUGAAGCUGAAAGAGUUCUCUUGUUUGAAGCAAAAGGACUAAAAUUGUCAUCUACAAUGCCAAUCUCAAAAUCAGUAGGAGAUUUAUUUGAAAACCAUAGCAACCUCACAUUAGUCAACAUGUCGAGUGUGCGAUCAUCUGGUUACAGUACUGGGAAAUUAACAACAGAAAGAUCUAUUUGUGUGGUUAUACACUGCCAAAUUAAAGGAAUCAUACCUUUUGGGGAAAAUCCCUUUCCGAAAGAUAUUGAUGGAUAUCCUGUCGAUGUGCGCGAAGCUACAUGUAAGUUCGCUAUAGACCCAAUGCGAAUUGGGAUGGAAAUCGCAAAUAAUGAAAAAACUUCGUCAGGUACUCUCGGGGGAUUUGUGGAUAUGAAUGGUGAUUUCAAUAAAGUAUUCCUAACGUGUGCACAUGUUAUUUGUCCAAUUAAAAUUCUCGCUCAUGGUGAUUCAAGAAGACAUGUAUAUAGGAAAGAAAUCCGUGUGUUCGAUGGAAAACAUCGCAAUGAAAACAUCGCUUUAGGCGUUGUUAAAACAGUUGCUUUUAGUCCCGACGAGCCAGAUAUAGUAAGCGUUGACGCUGCGCUGGUCGACAUCACUAGCAGUCACCCAGUUGAUGGGCAUUUUGCAUGUGUGUACAAACCAGAGCAGAUGCAGAUGGCAGGCUUUUCAGAGAGCAAUACACCAUCUUUCCAACAUGGAAAGAUAGAGGCGUUAUCAGAUUCAAAUUUCCGAAAUGAUAUAAUUAAAGUAGGAGCUAAAACUGGACUAACCAUCGGAUCUUUGAAGUAUGAAAAUUCAAGUGCAAGACUUGUUGAUCAAGAUGCCCACUUUGGUAACAAUUUUAAAUUUACCUUUUACAACCAGUUGGAAGUGAUGCCCAAGAUAGAUUCUUCUUUACCCUCUGAAACAAAGCAACUAUUUUUAGACAAGGGUGACUCGGGGGCAUUGGUAUUUAUCGUAAAAAAUAACAACCCCGCUGUAUUGAAAUGUAUAGGCAUGGCUGUCGCGUGUACGUCCUACGGAUCAGGAAUCGUGACGCCGAUUGACUCCAUUUUCCAAGCUCUUCAACUACCCAAUAACUGUUUAUCAAAGUUUGAAGCCCAGAUUGAGGGACACAGCGAAAUGGAGUCGAUUUUGAAAGAAAUAAGAAGUGGGUUUUCAGCUGUAUCCGAAAGGAUAAGAAAAGUAGAAUCUGAUUUAUCGUCAUCCACAACAGCUAUUGGGAAUAAGAUUGAGCAUGUGUCAGAAAGACUUGCCAGCGUUGAAGGAAGGAUAAGUUCCACAGAAAAUACUGUGGAAAAUAUAAGAAAAGAUUUUAGCCAGAAGAAGCAUACGAAUUAAUUGUUAUAUAUAUGUAUAUGACCCCCAGGAAAAAUAGACUCAUAAUCUAUAAACAUUUUUUUCUGAUUAUCAUUUCAAAAUUAACGAUUUACUGGUUCUGUUCUAGAAAUGAAUCGGGUUUUAUUUGAAAGCAUCCUUCAAAUUUCAGUCUAUUUGACAUUCUGUUUACUGUAUGAUUGCACUUUUAAAUCAAUAUGCAAAUAUAUACGUUGAUUUGAAUCGCAGGCCUGGAAUAGAUUCGACUUUUUAUUCCAUAAACAUGUUUGGACUGAACUGAUUAUUUACUAGAUAUAACAUGCAAAUCUCUACUGUAGGUCAACAGUGGAUGCUUACUCCUCCUAGACACUAAUCUCACCCUGGUGUGUCCGUGUGAUCCGUGUUUUCUCUGCUCAAAAUUAUUUAUUCUUUAUAGGAUUUAUGAGAACAACCAGUGUUCGUGAUCUUCAGUUUUUCUUGUUAGGCCAAUUCAACUUAAUUAGUAGAUUAUCAUCCGGGGUCACAAAAAUAUGGGGCAGGUGGAAGGAUUUUAUUUUUUAAUUCUUAUUUCCCCGAGAGAAAAAAUAAUGAUAAAAGGCAUCACACAAAGUGUUAAUCAAGUUAACAUUCAAAGAAUCUUUGAUAGAGGAUAUAAAACCAACAUACUGUGACUUUAAUCAUUCACUCAUGUCACUGGGAAGCAAGUUUCUUUGAAAUCGUAAUUUUUGCGAAAAUAAAAAAAAUCGGGACGGACCCUUUUUUGAGGGGCGGGCGGGGAUGAUAAUAUAUCAAUUAAUUUGAAUUGUCCUUACAUGUACUGAUCAAGAUAGAGAUCAGGGCGGUUGUGACCGGUCAACUAGAUGCACUUACUCCUCCUAAAACGUAAUGCCACCUUUAGUAUGUCCAGGGGUAUGUGUUUAUGGGAUUUAUAAGAUUGGUGAAUAUUCGUUGUCUUCGUCAUUUCACAGUAAACAUUAGUUAUCGUUUUAUUUAUGCAGUCCAUCAUUGGAAGAAUAGUUAGGAGACUGAUAUAACCUACAUGUAGUCGUUUUAUGUAUUAUAUCAUUAUAUCAUCAUACAUUCCGCAGGCAUCAAAUGCAUCAUUCCAAUGUAUACAUAGGGCAUCCAAAUAUGUUCCGUGACAAUGUGUUAACCUUGUAAACAAGUUCUAAGUAAUCGAACGUCAGUAGUCAACGAAGUAAUACAAUAUCAACAAAACAUUAUAAUGUAGAUCUAAGUCCUGAAAAUAAAUGUGAUAUCAUUUAACCGUUUAGUGUAAGUCUGACCAAAGGCAAACCCAUUCAUCCAAAUACUUGAAUGGGAUGAAGGUAGUUAAGCAAUGGGAAAUGUGUAAUUGUCAUCGAAACGACUGGAUUUGACGUCCAUAAAAUUUACAUCUAUGUGCUGAAAAAUAUCACUACAUAGUUAACUUCUGGAGGGGUGGGUGUGGGUGGGUGUAUGUUCCUCUCCAACCGAUAGGUGCUACCACCCGUUAUUUGGAUAGUGAUUAAACAUGGUACUUGGUGGAUCACUACCGGAAUGAAAUUGGACACCGUCGAGGCAAAGCAUUUUCUACAAGUACAUGUAUAUUUGUUAGAUAUAUAGAGAUGAUAUGUGAAUAAGCCUGGGUUUUUGUUCACCAGCAUCUCAUAAUUUGAACAUUUAAAUGUAAAUCAUCAUGUUUGUUCAAUAUCAAAGAAAUAAAUGUAAAAUGAUAUAAAUUGAUUGCGUUGAAUUGUGUUUGUAUUGCAUGUGAUACAUGUUCUUAUGUAAUUUCUCAAUAAAGAUCUUUCUGAAC